GAGGAUCUUGGUGACUUACCUCAGCACAAGAGUGCUCUUGUUAGGGCGAAGAAGAUUACAAAAUUCAUCUACAAUCACUCUUGGGUGUUAAGCUUAAUGAGAAAAUUUUCAAAGAAAGAAAUCAUUCGACCUGCAACCACUAGGUAUGUUCAUAUUUUUUACAUUGUAAAUCAUUCCAACUGUAUGUUCAUAGUUUUAACAUUUGGGCACUGUGAAUCUAUAGGUUUGCCACCUCCUAUUUGACACUGCAGAGCUUGAUGGAGGUGAGGCAACCUUUGGAAGCCAUGUUUACAUCAACUGAAUGGCUAAACUCUGCUUGGGGGAAGAAGAGUGAGGGAAAGGAGAUAAGAAAGAUAAUUCUGAAUGAUAAAUUUUGGGCUACUGUGACCUAUGCCAUUUUGAGCACGAGACCCUUAGUGCAAGUUCUACGCUUAGUGGAUGCAGAGAAGAAACCAGCUAUGGGUUUUAUUUAUAAUGCUAUGGAUGAGGCCAAGGAGUUGAUUGCACAUAACUUGGGAGGAGAGGAGGCAAGUUAUAGGGAGAUUUGGGAUAUCGUUGAUGCUCGGUGGGAGGUGCAGUUACACCGACAUCUACAUGCAGCUGCAUAUUAUCUUAACCCUCAAUUUCAAUAUUCAGAGAAAAAAUCUUCAAAUCUGGAGGUUAAGCUUGGUCUAUAUCACUGUAUGGAAAGAUUAAUACCGGAGCAGGCAGAUAGGGAGCUUGCAGAUUUACAGCUUGUUCUGUUCCGGAAUAAAGAGGGUUUUUUUGGUUUGAAUGCAGCAAAAACUACCAUUUCUAAACGGUCUCCAGUUGAAUGGUGGAUCCAAUUUGGUGAUUCCACCCCUGAGCUACAGAGUUUUGCUGUGAGAGUGUUGGGCCUCACUUGUUCUUCUUCUGGGUGUGAGCGAAAUUGGAGUACAUAUAGUCAAGUGCAAACAAAGAGAAGAAAUCGACUAUCUACACUCAGAAUGAACUCCCUCGUAUACAUAAUGCACAACAAGAGGUUAAGAGAUAGGAGGUUGAGGAAUAAGGGGUUGAAAGAUGAUGAGGACCCGUUGGUGUGUGAUGAUGUGUCGUCUGAUAAUGAGUGGUUCAUAGAUGAUGAGGCAGAUUUGUCAUUAUCAGACUUACAGGUAGAAGAUCUAAAUGUGGAUGUAUUGAGGGGCGAAGCAGAUCAAACGGGUACAUCCACUAGUACCACACCACACACAUCUACUAGCUCUGCAAGUAAAGGUAUAUGUUCUCUGCCAGUCUGCCUGAUAAUGUGUGGUUCAUCCAAUUAAUAUGCUAAUGAUCUUUUCUUUUAUUGAACAGAGAAGAGAAAAGUGAGUCAUAUUGAUGAUGAUGAUGACAUGACAUUCAUAGAUACAAUUAGCGAAUAAGAUUCACUUG